GAACCCAAAGUACCAAAAAGUACUUUUAACAAACUUCAGUGGUGAAAGAAGUAAGAAAAUUAAAUAUUUGGUUGCCCUAAUUCUCACAAAUAAACCCCCUACACUACCAAUUAUCUCAAAAUUUACACCACCCUUUUACAAGAAAUCUUUCUUUCUUCUCUAAUCUAAGUUCUUUAUACAAUGUCGGAUGGUCAGGAGAGUGAUAAGAACAUUGAAAUAUGGAAGAUUAAAAAACUUAUCAAGGCACUGGAAGCUGCUAGAGGCAAUGGCACUAGCAUGAUUUCACUUAUCAUGCCUCCCCGUGAUCAAGUAUCUCGUGUUACCAAGAUGCUUGGAGAUGAGUUUGGAACUGCAUCAAAUAUUAAGAGCAGGGUGAAUCGCCAAUCUGUGCUUGGUGCAAUCACAUCUGCUCAGCAGAGGCUUAAACUCUACAACAAGGUUCCUCCGAAUGGGCUUGUCCUUUACACUGGAACAAUUGUGACUGAUGAUGGGAAAGAGAAGAAGGUUACAAUUGAUUUUGAGCCCUUCAAGCCCAUUAAUGCCUCACUUUAUCUUUGUGAUAACAAGUUCCACACAGAAGCCCUGAAUGAACUUUUGGAAUCUGAUGACAAAUUUGGAUUUAUUGUGAUGGAUGGGAAUGGGACUCUUUUUGGGACAUUGAGUGGAAACACCCGAGAGGUCCUUCAUAAGUUUAGUGUUGAUCUGCCCAAAAAACACGGGAGGGGAGGACAAUCAGCCUUGCGUUUUGCUCGUCUUCGGAUGGAGAAACGACACAACUAUGUGAGAAAGACAGCGGAGCUUGCAACCCAAUUUUAUAUAAAUCCUGCCACCAGCCAGCCCAAUGUCUCCGGCCUGAUACUAGCUGGAUCUGCUGACUUUAAAACAGAGCUCAGUCAGUCUGAUAUGUUUGAUCCUCGUCUUCAGGCUAAGAUUCUAAAUGUGGUUGAUGUUUCUUAUGGAGGUGAAAACGGUUUCAACCAAGCAAUUGAGCUAUCUGCUGAGAUCUUAGCUAAUGUGAAGUUUAUACAAGAGAAGAAGUUGAUAGGAAAGUACUUUGAGGAAAUUAGUCAGGACACUGGGAAGUACGUCUUUGGGGUUGAUGAUACGUUAAAAGUUCUGGAAAUGGGUGCUAUUGAGACACUUAUUGUGUGGGAAAAUCUGGAUAUUACGAGGUAUGUGCUGAAAAAUAGCAGUUCUGGAGAAACUGUUGUCAAACACUUGAACAAGGACCAGGAGGCUGACCAGAGUAACUUCCGUGAUCCCGAUACAAAUGCCGAAUUAGAGGCUCAGGAUAAAUUGUCGCUGCUUGAGUGGUUUGCUAACGAGUACAGGAGAUUUGGUUGCAGUCUGGAAUUUGUCACCAACAAGUCACAAGAAGGAUCUCAGUUUUGCCGAGGUUUUGGUGGCAUUGGAGGACUUCUCCGCUAUCAGCUUGAUGUUCGAGCUUUUGAUGAGCUUUCUGACGAUGGGGAAGUUUACGAAGACUCUGACUAGCAAUUACCAAAUUCUCAAGUACCAGUGCAGAAGUUGAGCGGGAAAACCUGUACUGGUUUGCAAGGGCUGUCGCCUGAUUCGUCCGCUCAUGUUCUAAGUGAAAUAUUUCUAGGAGCCCUGAAGAUGGAUGACCUGCAUGGAUAACCUAAAUUGGUAUCAAUUUCAUCAUGUGCUUGUCCAAUCCCGUUCAGUUCCACAGUGACUCGGGCUGUUGAAAGAAUGGAGAACAAGAUCUAGCAGUGUGGCAGUUACUUCCCCAUUGAAGAUGGAGAACAUCAAAAACUUAAUGCUAUGCGCUUCUUGGAGGAGUGAUGCAUAUGAAUAAUGUCAUUUAUACUAUUAUCUAUAUGAAGUAUGAGUAUGACUGCGUAAUUUAGGAGUAUUUAAAUUCGGUGAUUAUUUCAUGUUUGUGGGAUAUUUUACGAAUGGUAUAUAUGAACCAUAUUAGUAUCGUAUUUGUGGUAUUGCUAUUCUUCUAUUUGGAUGCA